UCAUCUGGUAGGUUCCACAGUGGUACAGCCAGCAUUGGACUGCACAAUGGUUUAAUACGGAUGAAGGCGGUGAUUCAGCAAAGUCUCUGCUCUCCAGCAGCUAUUUUCUUCCCUUCUGUCUCGCGACCGGUACUUCCUCUCCAUCCCGUUGUGCAUCCCUUUUUGUUUUGGUUUUUUUCUUUUGUGCAAAGCAAAAUGUUUUGAGUCCAAAUUGCGGUGGAGGAGUGUUGCCGUUCUGGGAUUGUCUACAGUUGGCACGGAAUGGUAUUUAUGAGCCGACAUUUCUUGUACUACAGCAGUGAACCGAUCCUGGAUGUGAAGAUUGCGUUUUGUCAGGGAUUUGAUAAACAAGUGGAUGUUUCAUAUAUUGCUCAACAUUACAACAUGAGUAAAAGCAAAGUGGACAACCAGUUCUACAGCGUAGAAGUAGGAGAUUCUACCUUCACAGUUCUCAAACGCUACCAGAAUCUAAAGCCUAUUGGCUCUGGUGCUCAGGGCAUUGUUUGUGCUUCUUAUGAUGCUAUACUUGAUAGAAAUGUGGCCAUUAAGAAACUCAGCAGACCAUUUCAGAACCAGACGCAUGCCAAACGGGCUUAUCGAGAGCUUGUACUCAUGAAAUGUGUCAACCACAAAAAUAUCAUCAGUUUAUUAAAUGUAUUUACACCCCAGAAAUCGCUAGAUGACUUCCAGGAUGUGUAUUUGGUUAUGGAAUUGAUGGAUGCCAACCUAUGUCAGGUAAUUCAAAUGGAACUGGAUCAUGAGCGAAUGUCCUACCUACUAUACCAAAUGCUGUGUGGCAUCAAGCAUCUCCAUUCCGCUGGCAUUAUUCACAGGGACCUAAAGCCAAGCAACAUAGUGGUAAAGUCAGACUGCACAUUAAAAAUUCUUGACUUUGGACUGGCAAGGACUGCUGGAACAAGCUUCAUGAUGACACCUUACGUAGUAACCCGAUAUUACAGAGCACCAGAAGUUAUUCUAGGGAUGGGGUACAAAGAAAACGUGGAUAUUUGGUCUGUUGGGUGCAUUAUGGGUGAAAUGGUCCGCCACAAAAUCCUCUUUCCAGGAAGGGACUAUAUUGAUCAAUGGAACAAGGUGAUUGAGCAGCUAGGAACACCUUCUCCAGAGUUUAUGAAGAAACUGCAGCCCACAGUUCGUAACUAUGUGGAAAAUAGGCCCAAGUACACAGGGCACACUUUUCCCAAGCUCUUCCCUGACUGCCUCUUCCCAGCUGACUCCGAGCACAAUAAGUUAAAAGCCAGCCAGGCCAGAGAUCUCCUGUCCAGGAUGUUAGUAAUUGAUCCUGCUAAACGGAUAUCGGUGGAUGAAGCCUUACAACAUUCGUACAUUAACGUGUGGUAUGACCCAGUCGAAGUUGAGGCGCCUCCUCCCCAGUUCUACGACAAGCAACUUGAUGAAAGAGAGCACAGUAUAGAUGAAUGGAAAGAAUUAAUCUACAAAGAAGUGAUGAAUUUUGAGGAGAAGACUAAAAAUGGUGUUGUGAAGGGACAACCAUCUCCCUCAGGUGCAGCAGUGAAUAGCAGUGACAGCCUUCCUCCAUCCUCAUCAGUAAACGACAUCUCGUCCAUGUCAACGGAUCAGACCCUCCCAUCGGACACUGACAGCAGCCUGGAAACUUCAGCAGGACCCCUCUGUUGCAGGUGACUAACCGUCUGCCUGCGGAGCCACUUCUUCUUUAGAAAAUGAUGCAAGUACUAAAUACUCGGUGCGCCUCUCUGGAAAUGAACUAUUUAGAAAUGAACAUGGAAGUACUGAUGCUAAAAUAUUAUGUCAAAAUGCUUUGUUUAUGUCUCAUUCCAAUGAAGCUGACGUUCAUUAAGAGUAUCAAGCGGCAUCAUUUCACAGUAUGUAAAUAUGUGGUCAUAAAUUAGCUCCCCGUGGAACUGGCUUUGAACACACAGGGGAGCAGAAACGAUACAACAUUAUAGUUAAAACUAAAUGCACUUUGUCUCUUUAAAGUUGCAAUAUGUGUCCCUACUCCCAAUCAUUUUGUAUAUGCUUACUAUAAACACCUUGUAGAAUAUAUUGCUUAUAACUGUCCACACGCAUACCAAAAGAUCAAACUUGGGACCUCAGAUCUCAUGUGACAGGAUAGUUCUGACAAGAUGGCAGGAAAUGCAAUUCUAUUAAUCAUCUGAGCAUUGAAUGCUAGAAAAAAAAAACGGAUUUAUCUCUAAUUAAAAGUUGAUUGAUGCAUGUGGAAUAAGGCCAUGCACAGAUAAUAAACUGCAGUGUUUAUUUUUGUUUUGAUAUAUUACUGCCAUCUUUGAAUGGUUAAAGGGACUAUACUUUGCCAGCUCCAACUUGGCUGCAGUCCAUGUUUGCCAAAUACAUGUAAUUUAAAAAUAAUUGUUAUCAUUGUACCAUUUUUCAUCGAUCAGUAUAAUGUCUUUAAAGUGUCAUUCGAAUGGUGGUAGCCACAAUCUGUCAUACCACUGCCAUUUAUUCAAAACUAAAUGGAAUGUCCUUUAAUAGAUUGCAACAAGGGAACACAUACAACACAUGAUGUUACUGAUCAGAUAAAAUGGCAUAUCAUUGAAAAUGAUUGCAUUGGAGUGGGAUUAGCAAACUCAGUGAGAAUUGUGCUCUGAUUGAGCGAUUUACACAAUUUCUGCCUAUAGUUACAUGCAUAUUUCUGGUUUGAGAAGGCAGUAACUCUUGACCACUGAAAUGAAAAACAUGCACAUAUAAAACGAUUGCACACCUUGCCGUAGAUGGCUGCACAGUCUUUAGUUGCAUUUGCCUGUUGUUGUGCAUGAUCAAACUUCCAAAUAUAUUACAGUAAAUGGAAGGAAAUAGUUAUACCUAGAUGUAUUGUAGGCUCCAAUGUGAUACAUAAUGUAUACAGUCAGGACCUGAAAUAAUGUUGCUGUAGUCUUAAUCCCCUUAAAUGCUGAAUCUGCAUGGUCUCAUAAUUAGUCUUCUCUGUUCACAAGUAAACAUGGAGUUAUUUUGAAUUCCUAUAACUUGCAUUAACCAGAAUCAAAUGACUACUUGAAAUUAAAUCAAAAGCUUUAAACUGGCAGGCAAAAUAUUGGAGACAAACAUUCAGGGCUUCAGUGAUGCAAACUGUACCAAAAAAUAGCAUUGUGAUUUACAAUCCCAGUGAGGUCAUUUUAGAUAGAAAUGUACAAAUUCAGGUUAAAUCAUGAUUGAAGGCACAAUAGGAAAUUGCACAGCUCUGGACAGAUUGAGUUGCUUGCAUAAUGGCAAAUAAAUAGCUUCAAGAUAAAGUGCUGAUUGCCAUAUUGGGUAUCUAAAGUUCGUGGAACAUAUUGCAGGUUAUUGCAGGAGUAAACAGCAAAGUCUGGUUUGCCUAAAGACAAAAAAUAUAUGGAUACCUGAAGCUGUGAAACCAACAGGGAAUAUUUUAGAAAUUAAUGUACCCGGGCAAAUACCUGUUCAAUGAACAUAAUUUCAGGUUAGUUUAACAUUUGAAGUCUAAAAAUAGAGAGCAUUCUCUUUGUGUUGCCAUUUUGAGGACAGUGUCUAAUUUCUUGAGGCUGCAUUGUCGGCAUAGAGCCUUACCAAGAGUUAGGUCAGAUCGAGUUUCUGACCUUCAAUGCUGAUUUGAAGUUUUAAUCCAAACUUGGUGGGAGGAGGCUACACAAGUAAUGUACACAAGAAAAUAUGACCUAAAUCUAAUCACAAUUUUAAUUGAAAUGACAUUAUACCCUGCAUUUCCCAAUUUAAGUAACGGUCUUCUCAAAGUACCCAUCUCCCCGAUAACAAAAUCUUUGGGAUUGACAGGUUUGCACUCCUGAGGUAGAUAUCUUAGAAGCCAAUUAAUAACAUAUAAUCAAGAAAUAUGUUUUUCUUCUCUUGCAGUAUGUACAUUUUACAAUUAUUUAAUUCUACUGGGGAACCCAUUUUUUCCCCGCACUUCUACCCAUCUCCCCACCUGCCCCUUCCCAAUUACUCUAUAAUGUGUCAAUGGUUUAAUGUGAUUCUGUUAAGAAAUACAAGUUCAAAUGGGUCAAUAAAUUCUGGUGCGAGAACUACUGUCAACAAGUCCUUUCCAAUCCUCCACAUGGAUUUUGGCCACAGCAGACCGUCUGCAGUGCUCAAGAUAGACACAAGAUGCUGGAGGAGUAACUCAGCAGGUCAGCAUCUCUGGAGAAAAUGGAUAGUUGACAUGUUGGGAUGGGGCCCAUCUUCAGACACCUCUGAAGUACUCCUCUGCUUUAAGUGAGCAUAACAUUGUUUUCAAACUUAAUUCAUUAUCUCUGCAGUGAUGGGAUGACAUGAAUUGGCACUUUGAAGGAUGCAAAGUUUCCAUGUUGAAGCUAGAGCUUUGGUGAACAACGGGACCCCUCUAUCAACCCAGUAGUCAGAAGGGGGUUGCAUUCAAGCCCUGGUAGUAUUUGACUGCAGAAGCAAUAUCAUGCACAUCAACAGCUCGUAUUCAAAAGACAGACAUUUAAUGCAAUAAUUCACAAAGCCCACAUUAUAUGAAGGGGAAGGGUGCUGUAGGCAUUGGAGAAUUGGAAAGAUGGAUGCUUCCAUGGAUGCUGUUCCCAAUAAAAAAAAAGCAUAGAACAGUUAGCCUUACUAGUUGCCAGCAUGGUAUAUUUUAGAAUUAUGUUUGUAGAACUAAAAGGCCUGAAGCACAUCAAUUUUGUCCACCUCAUCUCACAAAGCUGCAUUGCUCAAAUUUCUGAGGUGAACCUCUGACACCAGGUGCGUAUAUUGGCAAUGUUGGGGCCAUCACCCAUUCUACAUCUGCUCCAGGGAUGUAUCUCUAUAAGAGUCCUGUAUUUCACUGUAGCAGUGUUGCUGUUCAAUAAAUACUGUGUUAUAUAACCUCCUGCAGAACUAAAAUACUCCUAGAACUCCGUAAUCACAAAUUCUGGACACUUGAGCAUCUUGGGUUUCCACCAUUGGCUGUACUUUUUGGUGUCUAGACCUUAAGUGGCAGAAAUUCCUCCAUAAGCCUCUGUUUCUAUAAGAUGCCUUUUAAAUCCUAACUCUUUAACCAUUUUUGUUCUCCAUUUUUGUCUCACUACACUUUUGAUAAGUACCUGGGGACAUUUUCCAUGGAUUUAUUAAUUUAUUUGUUUUUUUAACCACCUAAACAAUUCCACUUUCAGUAAGCCUGAUCUGACCCGUGCACUGGUUAGCAGCUAGAUUUUAGAGCUCAGCAUUUUAUUUAUUAUUUUAUUCAUAUUUAUUUAUUUGUAAAUUUUAGAGAACACCAUCUCUUCACAAAGCUGGGAAAUUCCACCACAUAUACAGGGUUGCCGGCUUUCUAGACACGGCACGGUUCAGAAAUAUGAUGUUGAUUGAGUCCAUCUCACCUAACCCAAUGGUACUUGAUCACCACAUUCCAUCAUAAUGCCAGCAAUAUUUAUCCCUGCAGUUUUAAAUUCAAAUGCAAUAUAAUUUUUAAUUUGCAUUAAUAAUAUAAUUCCCAUGUUUGUAAGCAGUACAGUGAAUUAGCAAUAUUACGAGAUAAUCGCCUCUGAUUGAUUCAGCUCCACAGCUCUGCUGCUUGAAGCAUCAUUUCAUGAAAUAUUCCAAUGUGUCUUAUCAAAAGAAGGCACAUUAGUAUAAUGUGUACAACUUUUUGUCACUGUAAUACUCUAUCAUUAAUAAUUAAUUUUGAGAUUAAUCUUCUAUGGGUUAUGUGCGAGUUGAUUUAUUGCUUUUGUUAUAAAAAAUCAACCUAACCCCCAGUUUUUAGAUGGCAGUUAUUAAUAUCAGUGGGGUGUAUUUCUGGCAUUUAAUGGAAUAUGUUAGCAGUGCUCUUCCAGAUUACCUUUCUAAGGUGGAACUGCCAGUCUAAGAUAGGCAUCCUGACUCUCAUGCCUGGUUCAAGAUUGCAGAAGAAUGAAUGCCUUUGCCUAGUUUUAAGAACAAUGUGGAAUCCAGGCUGAAUUAUUACCAAUCCAUAUUUCUGGCACCUGAUCUAGGAAUCAUUUGGGAUUUUGCUUUGGGCCUUUGAAUAAAAAUAAGCAACCAAUUUGUGCAUAGCAAACCAUGACAUACAGCAGAGAGAAAAAAAUAGCACAAUGUCCUUUGUUAUAAGUGGUAGUUUAGGAAUUUAAUUUAAUUAACAUCUUAACUACACCAAUAACAUUUUUAUGUGGUAGCUUGAUGAUUUGCCAACACCGACAUGACAGUGAUGGAGCAUGCCAGACAAAUGAUCUGCUGUAAGAUAGUCAAAACUUACACAACAUUCCUUUAUCUGUACAAUCUCACUAGGACAGAUUGAGUGCACGAUGUCACAUAUAAUCAGCCUUCAUAUCAAGUGAAAAUAAAUAGCCUUGUUGCAUUGUAAUAAGAACAGCGAUCAUUGGAUUGAGGAGGAACCAAAAGCCAAGCAUCCCAUUGAAACAAUGGCCUGUUUCUAUUGUGGAGCAAAGCUGAUUAUUCCAUUGGGUAAGAUAGGGGCUGGCAGCUGUGUCCAAGUUGUUUAACGCAUCUAAUAAUGAUAUACUGUAAAUUUGAGUUUUCCUGAGGUUUACCUUUCUAAAUAUGGCUGCUAGGCUGAAUAUGAAAAUUUUCUAAUUAAUAUAGAGGGCAUGGACAGUGAUAUUUGUAGUUUACAAAGAAGGUUGUUGAAUCUCAAUUGUAUUCUAUUUUAUGUCAAGCUAUUUCAGUACAAAGGGGUCUUAAUUAAUCAGAUUCCAUUCACAACAUUUGCUUGCAAAGCAUAGGAUAAUGUAUAGUUUACUCUAAUGAAGUUUAUUGCUGAAUUUUGUAGCAGACCAUUGCUAACCACUAUGCUGAGGUACACACUCAGUCUUUGUAUUCUUGCUAAUGGCUUAUCUUCUAAAAUCAGUGGUAUGACAGGAUAUAAAUGGAAAAUUCCUUUCUGAUUUCCUGCAGAGAUGUUUGCAGACGGUUCACUUCAGGAAGUUUCUCCUAGACUGUCUGGGUGGAAUACUCCGUUUAUGGAAAGUUAUGUUCAAACUUCUACGGUUACAAAGUUAAAAGUUCAGAAUUAAUAAAAAUGCAGCAUCCUUGCAUGUGUCCUCCCUGAGGCUUCUGUCAUGCAGUCAUAUAACAAAGAUGCCUCCUAUAUAGCUGUUGGCAUGAAAUCUAAGAGUACAUAGAAUGCUUCUUUUUCUGAAGGUACGUGAAGCAUUGUCUAAGUCUAUUAACAAAGAGAGGGGCUACUGUAAAGUUUCCUGGAGCUGUCAAUCAUUCACCAAUCAUUUUUUACAAUGAUCAUCUUCAGCAGAAUGUAUGUCUCUUCCCCUCAUGGCAUUGUAUUUUCACUUUUUUGGAAAAUGAGGGGCUUGGAUAAGUUGCUGAAUCACUCGAAUAGCAGUAACACCCUGCUUUCCAGUCAAUGUGGUGUGUUAGUGAGUCCCAUCAUAAAUGAAGGGAGUGGGGUAAUUUAGGGUUGGGAGAGGGAAUGGCAAUGCUAUUUUGUCCCUGAACAAACCAUACCCUGAAUAGUUGAAAUGAGAUGUCUAUUAUCUUUAACCAGCAAUGAUGGUGAUAGGUGCAAACUAUCAAAAAUGACAAAUUUGAAUAAAGAACCUUCCAACACCAGAUAUUGCCUUUCUAAGCUUGGUAUGAGUAUCUAACGAACUGACUGUGAAAGCAAAGCAGUUGGUUGUCCAGUUAAUUACAUAAAGGAUGAUUAUAUAAUGACUGCCAUAUCCUUGUUGAUGGCGAGGAGACUUUCACAAUUUCUUGUUUGUGGAAGACUACAAAGGAGAAAAGUAAUAACUGGAUAUGACAGCUCUAUUGGGAUGGUUUGCAUAUCUUUCCGAAUCCGGAAAGGGGUUUACAAAAAAAAACAUGUUUUGUUUGGGGAAGAGGAUUUUGUAUAAAAAAUAAUGUUUAAAAAUAUUUUAAUGAGACUUCUCAAUACCAUUUGUCGUUCUAACUCAGAAUAUGUUCAUAAUGUCCAGAUAUUUUCACAUAACAGCAGUGCAAUAAGAUUUCUCUCUGAGACCGCACUAUUAUGAUGAGGUCAGCUGCAGUCACAACUGGAAUCUGAUGUGAUGAUUUGUGUCAGGUUUGGUUUUAAACAAACUCCGGUGGUUGCUUGUUAUUUUGUACUGUUUGUGAUCAACUUUGUUAGGAUGUAAGGAUGAGAUAAGUGUCUGAACUCAACAUCAGUGCUUAAGAAGACGGUCCUCAUGGUCCAGCUCCAGGAUACGACCUGACUUUUAAAAUCAAGGCUGGACAGGAAAUAAAGCACUCAAGAUUUUAAAGCUACUAUGUAUGUAGAAAAUAUAUGUAUGUGAUUUAAAAAACAAUAAAAUAUGCCUUUAAAAUGGGAAA